AUGAGUGACAACAUGUACUUUCCCACCUUCGCAGGGGAAAGUCUAGACUUUUCUGGAACACCAGAGCCUGGACCAUCCUACUUCCAGGAGAAGAGGCAGUACACCCUCGACCCGACAAUCACCGCGCUAGAUGCAGAGGGUGUUGCGUUUAAUUCCCAGGAACCAGAGGUGCAGACGACCAACCAAUCCUUCAGCUGCCCUUACAGGAAGCGCAAUCCUUGGAUGUUUAAUGUCCGCGAUCAUCAUAUCUGCGCCACUCAUUCGUUCCCCACCAUCGCCCUCUUGAAGCAAGUCCACUUCUUGCGUCACAUCGUGUCCAAGCACCAAUCAAAGGAUUUUACCUAUUCCUGCAACAACUGCGGUAUUCCUUUUCGGGCAGAUCUUGAUCGACAGCUGCAUCAGGAAUCGGGGCUUUGCUUCAGGCACCGCACAUGCUACUCUGAUGAGCAUGACAAUGGCAUCACUGAGGACAUGCUUCGGAGGCUCCGCGACCGCGGGGCUAGAAAUGGUGUUUCUGACUGGAGCACGCUUUGGAUGACCAUUUUCCCAGAAAGCGAUCAUAUUCCCAGUCCCGGUAAGCUGCCCGAACAAUUGCUUGCUCCAACUUGA